CAUCUAUGAUUAGCUAAGAUCUAUCAAUCAAUUUAAUUAACCUUGAUCCUUAUUUCAAGUUGUAAAAUAGUCAAUAGAGUUUAUUUCAAGCAUUUCGCAUUAGGUGCAGAGAGAAAGGGGUGUAACCGAGUGGCGCUUUAAGCUUGAUACCGGUUGUAAGGUAGUGAAGUCAAUGACUAUUAAAUUUUCAAUCGUCUAUUAAUUCUUAAUUCUUUUUGUUCCGACUACAAGUUUUUAUUGAAUUUAAGUUAUUUAAAUUAUUUACUACUAUUAAAGCGAUCAAUUGAACCAGUUGUUUUGUUGAGUUAUUUUCAAUUUUACUUCUGUGUUCUAUCUCUCUGUCUUGUAUUUCAUACCUUGCUUUUUUUGGAUUUUCAACUUCAGUGGUGGUGGUCUUCUAUCUAUUGACUUCUCGACCCGGUGAAUUUUUUAGCUGUUAAAUCUAAUCAUCACAUCAUGUCAUCAACUGGUCAACCAACACAGGCAUCAAUUUGCGGAUUUGAUGUUGGUAGUGAAAACUGUUACAUCGGAGUUGCCGCUCAAGGUGGUAUUGAAAUUAUUUUGAAUGAAUACUCUCAACGUUCAACGCCUUCUUAUAUCUCUCUUAAUGAUAAGCAAAGAGAGUUAGGAGUAUCUGCUAAGCAAAAACAAUUAACCAACUUGAAUAACACCUUCAAUGGACUUUCUCGAUUGGUUGGUAGACAAUUUAAUGAAGUCACUGCUUCUGAAAAUUUAUCUUUUCCGGCUGAAUUAUCAGACACUGGUGAGCUCGCUGUUAAAGUGUGGAUCAAUGAUGAAGAAGUCACCUACACAGCUACACAAUUAUUAGCUAUGCUUUUCACCAAACUACGUCAGGUAGCUAAUAAUGCGGUUGACUGUGUUAUUAAUUGUGGCAAUUGGUUCACGGAUGGCCAAAGAAGAGCAUUAAGAGAUGCUGCUGCGAUAGCUGGUCUCAAUCCGAUAAGAAUUUUAAAUGACAUGACUGCUGUCGGUAUUUAUUAUUCUUUCUAUAGAGUCGGUAAUAAUACAUCCAAUGCGAUUGUCGGCUUUGUAGAUGUUGGUUCAUCAUCAACUCAAUGUGCGAUCAUAUAUUUCGAGAAAACGGUUCUUCAAGUUCUUGCUGUUGAAUAUGAGCCUAACCUUGGUGGUAAACAUUUCGAUGCGCUUAUAUCCAACCAUUUUAUUAAGGAACAAAACCUAACCUUAUCCAAGAGAGCUUACCUUCGAUUAACAGCUGAAUGUGAAAAAUUGAAGAAACAAAUGAGUGCAAAUAGUAACCUAUUACCAGUCAAUGUUGAAUGUCUACAAGAUGACAAAGAUUUCUCUGGUCGUAUGGAUAGAGCUACUUUUGAAAAGUUGGCCGAAAAUCAUCUUCAAGCGAUUGAAAAUGUGUUCAAGAGAGCUCUAGAACGAGCUACUGCACGUUUUAAUGAAUUAGUAGAGGAAAAACGAAAAAGAGAAGAAGAAAGCAAAGACGCUAAAAAAAGUGAGGAAUCGAAAACGAUGGAGUUUAAAAUUAACGCUGUUGAAAUUGUGGGUGGUGCAAGUCGUAUUCCAGCUAUUAAACGUUUUAUCAAAGAUAUUUUCGGAGUUGAAGCAUCAACCACUCUUAAUGCUGAUGAAGCGGUUGCACGUGGAUGUGCUCUGCAAUGUGCUAUGUUAAGUCCUUCUUUCAGAGUUGCUCGUGAUUUGCAGAUCAUUGAUUAUGCACCAUAUCAAAUUAAUUGCAAAUACUGGCAUGAUUUGGAAAAAGAAACUAAAAUUCACGUAGUCAGUCCACUUUUUAUCAGAGGCUCUCCUAUGCCUUUGACUCGUCAAAUAAUUGUUACCUGUCGAUCUUUACCAAUGGUAUUUGAAUUAGAAUACAUUUCAGCCAACGGUCAUACCACUUCAAUUGGCCAAUUCAAAGUAACUAGCCAUGAUCCAAUCGAAAUUACUGGCAAUAAGAUGAGAGUUCGAGUAAGACUAGAUGCUGAUGGUUUAGUUGCUGUCACUGGAGCGAGUAUCCAGAUGGAAGACAAAUCCGGUGGUAAUACUCCAGAAACUAAAGCUAACGAAAACAUUCCUAAAGAACAAAAUGCCCAAAUGGAUACUGACGAUAGUUCCAGGGAUGCCAAUUCUGUUGAUCAACAGACUGGAGCAUCACAACAGCAACAAGAAGGACAAUCAGGAAAAGAUGCAUCUAAAGAUAGCAAACAAGCUAAUAAGGUUAAAUUGAUAAGUGUUGAUCUUGUGGUAGAACCACUUUGGAUCCGUGGCAAAUUAUCAGAAAGAGAUUUAGCUAAUUUACAAGAAAUAGAAGCUAAUUUAAUUUUAAAUGAUAAAAAAUGGAAAGAACUUGUCGAUGCUCGUAACGAGUUGGAAGAAUAUGUUUACGAAUGGAGAGAUAAAUUAGAAGAAGGUCGCUAUGACUGUUACACUCAACAAACUGACAAACAAAAUUUCCUAGUGGAUCUCAAAAGCACAGAGCAAUGGCUGUAUGAAGAUGAAGAUGCCGGAUCAACUCAAAAACGAGCUGUUUAUGUUGAGAAAUUAACCACCCUUAAAUCCAAGUUUAGCGAUGCUAUUGUUUACAGAUUAAGAGAACAUGAAAAUCGUCCCGGUGUAUUGGAACAAUUGGGUAAAAGUAUUCAAAUGGCUCAAAAACUGAUAUCAACACCUGAAAAGGUUGAUGAGGGUAAAAUGAUUAAAUUGAAGCAAACUUUUGAAGAGACACAGAAGUGGCUUGAAAACACUCACAAUAUUCUGACUCAAGCUCCCACAUAUAAUGACCCACCAAUCACGAUUAAAGACAUCAGAGAACGUAUUGAUAUUAUGGAAAGUUCUAAUCGUGCCGUCAUGGAAGAGAUCCAACGAAUUCGUGUUGAGAGACAGCGUGAAGAAGAACGCAAAAAGAAAGAAGAGGAAGCAAAGAAGAAGGAAGCUGAAAGUCAACAACAGCAACAAUCUGGUGGAGAUGCACCUCCAGAAUCCAAUGAACCUGGAGCCAACCCUCCAAAUAAUCAACCUAUGGAAGUUGAUUAGUUUUGUUUUCUCAUCAUUCAAUUAAAAACUUCGCAGACUAAAAAACCUAUUGGAGUUAAUACAAGCGUUAUUAACAUAUGGAUUAUCAACUUUUUUCUUUGGUUCCAAUUAACCCUUCUAACUUGAAAAGAUAGAUUCGUUAUCUGAUCUUUAUUUGGACUUCGUUGAAUCGGAUCAAAGAUAACUGCUUUAUUUAUAAAAAAUAAUGCUCUGAUCUACAACAUUGUUCUGUCUUUUUUGUAACUAAACUACACCCAGUGAUUUAAAAAUGUAAACAUGAAAAUGCGAAAAUUAUUAUUUCAAUCCACCGGACCUAAUCUAAUUAAGAAUGUGCACCGAAAUUCUUUUAUUUUCUGUGCAGAUUUUCCUUUUUGAUAUUUUAAUGAUUGCCCUUAAAACAAUAUCUCAUUGUCUAACUGUCUUAUUUAAAAAUGUUGCUAGAUCAUGGCCAAUCUAAGAGACCAAUUAAAAUACUAAAGAAUUAACUCUCAUAGAAGAUUGAACAUUUUUGUUAAUGCAUUUCGUAAAAUUGGAAAUAGCUAUGUUUAAUAUCGUAAUAAUCAACGAUGUUUCAACUCUAAAUGAAACCAAUCUAACAAUCAUCCUUCAAAACUUGUCAUUUUUCAAAAACCCAGUGAUUAAAGAUGUAUUUAAAAUCAUUAAAGAAGCAUGUUAACUCUGA